GCGUUAACCUCCUCUGCGCGCGCCGCCCCGCCCAGGUGAGGACGCGGUGGCACCAGCCCCAGUUGGCGCUUGGAGGCCGUGGAGAGGUUUGACCCUCCCCAGCUUGGGUUCUAGAGGCUGCAGGUUGAUCAGCAUCUGGGAUUUUACUUCUAGAUUAGGCGUUCUCCGCUGAGGUCAUCAUGAACUUUUUCCAGCUCCUGAUGAAAAAGAAGGAACUUAUUCCUUUGGUGCUGAUCAUGACUGCCGCAGCGAGUGGAGCUUCGUCUUUUGCUGUAUAUUCCCUUCAGAAAUCCGAUGUGAUCAUUGAUCGAAAAAAAAAUCCAGAGCCUUGGGAAAAUGUGGAUCCUAAUGUACCUGGAAAGCUUAUCACAAUUAACCAACAAUGGAAGCCCAUUGAAGAGUUGCAGAAGGUUCGGAGGGCAACCAAAUGAUCAACUUUUGCCAUUUCUUCUAAUGAGAACUCUAUGAAUCUAGUGGAAAGAUUUCUGUACAAACUAGAUUAUGGAAACCAGUGUGCGGAAAUGCUUCUGCUACAUUUUUAGGGCUUGCCUACAUUUUCAGACUGCGGAUAAAUAAUAAAGGUGUGCAGCAAUAACCAAUAGCAAUAACAUAUUCUAAAACUAAGUAUUUCGUGGU